ACUUUUUUUCUUUUUUACAGGACUUGUGGCUUUUAAAACGAGACAACAUGAUGAUGUAUUUGAUUUCAGUCAUUUUAGCAAGUAUUCUCAUCAUUCCGUUCGCAAUAAAAACGUUGUCCCCUUAUCUUUGGUUGGAUAUUCUGUAUUUAAAGGAUCUGCUGCGGAUUUUAGUGACGUUCGUUUCGAGGAGAAGAAGGAGACCUUUCUUCUUUGUUUUGGACCGUUUCUUGGAGCAGACCGCGGCACAUCCAGACAAGUCGUUCAUUGUGUUUGAAAAUGAACACUUCUCGUACUCUUACACAGAUAGAAGGAGCAAUAAAACAGCCAACGCGCUUCUGGCACAGCCUGGGUAUAAAGCUGGGGACACCGUGGCACUUUUCAUGGGCAAUGAACCCGCCUUCAUGUUUAUCUGGCUGGCCCUGGCUAAAUUAGGCUCUCCUGUGGCUCUUCUCAAUCACAACAUCCGCACCAAGUCUCUGUUGCACUGCUUCAACUGCUGCAAGGCCACAGUGCUGAUAGCAGCCUCAGAGCUAAAGGCAGCAGUGGAGGAUGUGCUGCCCACCCUGACGGAGCAGGGCGUCACCGUGCUCCUGAUGACCAAACACUGUGACACACCUGGGAUCGAGAGUUUUUCUGAUAAAGUGGACGAAGCAUCAGAUUCCCCGCUCCCUCGAUCCCUCAGAUCACACAUCACAUUCAAAAGUCCUGCGGUUUAUAUUUACACCUCGGGAACAACAGGUCUCCCUAAGGCAGCUGUGGUCAAUCAGAACCGCCUCUUAACAGCGUUGGCUGUUUUGGCUUCAAAUGGUGUGACGUCUAGCGAUGUUAUCUACCUCAACCUGCCUCUGUACCACACAGCGGGAUUCAUAAUAGGCUUUAUCGGCUCCAUUGAGACAGGGUCAACUAUUAUUCUGAAGAGGAAGUUCUCUGCCUCUCAGUUUUGGGACGACUGUAGGAAACACAGUGUGACUGUCGUGCAGUACAUAGGAGAGGUGAUGCGUUACCUCUGUAGUACACCGAAGAGAGAAAAUGACAAGGACCAUAAAGUAAAACUGGCCAUUGGCAACGGUAUCAGAGCAGAGGUAUGGAAAGAGUUUCUCAAUCGCUUCGGGAACAUAGAGGUCCGCGAGUUUUACGCCUCCACCGAGGGAAAUGUGGGAUUUGUCAACUACGUAGGAAAAAUUGGAGCUAUUGGGCGAGUUAACUUUUUCCAUCAGAAGCUGUUUCCCUUCUCUCUGAUAAAGUAUGACACCGAGCGAGAUGAACCGAUCAGAGAUGAUAACGGCCUCUGUGUGGAGGCACCCAAAGGUGAGACAGGACUGCUGGUGUCAAAGAUCACAGACAUCGCUCCUUUCGUCGGCUACGCCCAGAACGAAGACCAAACGGAGAGGAAGAAACUUCGUAAUGUUCUCAAGAAGGGAGAUCUUUACUUCAACAGUGGAGACCUCAUGAGGAUCGAUAACGACAACUUCAUCUACUUCCAGGAUCGUGUAGGUGACACAUUCAGGUGGAAAGGUGAGAAUGUGGCCACAAACGAAGUGUCUGACAUUCUGACGAUCAGCGAUGGUCUCAAAGAAGCCAAUGUGUAUGGAGUCCAAGUGCCAGGGCAUGAGGGGCGGAUAGGAAUGGCAGCGGUCACCAUGAAGGAAGGCGCACAGUUUGAUGGAAGUAGAAUAUUUAACCAUGUGGUUAGCUACCUGCCUUCAUAUGCCCGACCUCGCUUCAUAAGAAUACAGAAUGCCGUGGAGGUGACGGGGACAUUCAAGCAGAUGAAGGUGAAGUUAGUGGAGGAGAGCUUUGAUCCAGGACGUAUCCAGGACCCUCUUUACAUCCUUGACAAUGAAGAGAAGAGUUACAUAACGCUGACAGCUCAUGUCUACAGCUCCAUCAUAUCAGGAAACAUCAAACUAUGAGAACGCUCUCUGUGUCCACUAACUGUGCCGGCUUCUCAGUCUGGCAUAAACCUCUUUUUUAAAAGCAGUAGAUGGAUAAUCAGUAGUGUAAGAUUUGUUUUUAAGGAUCCAUUUUAGGGGCUAGAGUCGGCCUGUAAGGGAGGGAUUGAGUUUUAUAAUACAUUUGUUGACAAGUGAUGAUAUAUAUAUUUUAUUUUACAAGCUGGUUUACUGCUUUCAAGUAUGAGGACUGCUGCUUUGACUUUAUUCAGUUGAGAAAUGUUGCUGUAUAUUUGGUUAAACAGUGAAAACAAACUUGUUAGAGGCUAUAGGACUAUCUCUCAUAGGUAGAUAUGUAUGUGCCUAUAUAUUUUAAUAUGAAUUACUUUGAUUCUUACUAUACAGCCAGAAAUAAUAUUCAUAUGCACUUUUGCUCAGGUUUUACUCAUCAUAACUAAACAAUACAAAGAUAAAUCUCAGUGGUGACAUGGAAAAACCACAAGGUGGAGACAAAUGCAAACUCUGUGCUUAGUGUAGUGGGGGUAUACAGUACAAUAUUCACUUUAUAUAAAUUAACAUGGACAGUGCACUCAAAAAUGUCCCCCAGAUGUAAUUGUUGAACAUCUUAACAUUCCAAAAACAUGAAGAUUAAUCUGCAUGUUGUGUGUCUAAAAUAUCACUGAAUGUUCAACCACUACAGUUUAUUUUAGGUGGAAUAACUAAAGGAUCCAACCAUGAUAAACAGAGGUACACAGAAUACAGACUUUGCUGUCUAAUUUUUUUUCACAUAUAUGCUUUCUGUGAACAUAUAUUGAUCUUAAUGGUAUAUCUGUUAACCCCUCCAAAAAAGUUAAUGACUAGAAAACAAAGGUGCACAUUUCUUUCAGGGAGAACAAGUCCUGCAGGUACAGCUCGUACUUUCAAUAUUUAUACACUGUAAUCAGUAAUAGAGUAGUGUGAGUUUUGCACCCAACCAACCUGUCGUCACAAAUACAUGUUUUUUAGGGUGUUUUUCAUGUUCCAUUAUUAUUUUUUGGUCCUGUUCAUGAUAGUGCAAAAAAUAUGGCCCUUAAUAAAAACAUAAAUAAACAAUAUGAAU